AUGGCCGAAAACAAGGUUCAUCCAGCCACCAUUGUUUCCAACAUUAAGGCGUGCAUCCCUAUCACCCUUGAUUAUGAAGGAAAACAAUACAACAGCUGGUACACCCUUUUUCAACUUCAUUGCCGUGCUAAUAUGGUGAUCAACCAUAUUCAACCUCUAACAGUUAAUCCUUCGGUCGCGGUUCCCGCUCCGACGGAAGCCGAAAAGGCUUUAACACAGAGACUUGAUGAAAUUGUUCGUCAAUGGAUUUACGGGACCAUUUCUAAUGAUCUCCUAAAUUCCAUCAUCGAUCCUGAUGACUCGACAGAUGAUGCUUGGAACAGAUUGCAGCAAUUUUUUCUUAACAACAAAUCUGCAAGAGCUUUGCAAUUUGAUGCGCAAUUUACAAACACCAAGCUUGCUCAUUUUGAUGGUGUUAAGUCUUAUUGCGCUCAGCUAAAAACUCUAGCUGAUAAUUUGAGGAAUGUUGGAGAUAAAGUCUCUGACAAUCGAAUGACUCUACAACUUUUGAAAGGCCUCUCGUAG